UACAACAAACAUUUGGCACAGUAAAAAUUGCUGGAAAAGAUUAAAUCCAAUGAUAUUAUAUCUCAUUUCCUGUGAUUGUUGGCACCGAAAAAGACUGUUUUUCUUGUAGUGUCAGUUCGAUCAAGAGCAGAAGAGCAGUCUGUAAUUUAUCACUUUCUUGCUUUAAAGAGUGUUUGUUUCUCUGAGAGCGAGAAUGGCAAGAAAAUGCUCAUGCUGUGGGGAUAUGGGUCAUAAUUUAAGGACUUGCAUCACUCAUAAAAUGAGUCUUACGGGUAAUAAGUACUUUAGGCUAUUUGGUGUGCAACUUGACCUUUCUUCUUCUUCUUCUUCUGCAUCGUCGUCUUUUGUUAUGAGGAAGAGUUUUAGCAUGGAUGGCCUGUCAAAUUGGUUUACACCCUCUUCAUCAUCAUCUUCUGACCUUACUACGGACGGAAAAUUUCCUGAUCAAUGUACUGAAUUAAUCUCUGAUGGCGUCGUCACCACAAGAAAUCGGAAAAGAAAGAAGGGUGUGCAAUAUUGGAGCGAGGAGGAGCACCUGGCCUUUCUGGUUGGGCUUGAAAAGCUGGGAAAGGGAAAUUGGAGGGGCAUCUCUACAAACUUUGUGACAACAAGAACUCCAAUACAAGUAGCCAGCCAUGCACAAAAACAUUUUCUUCGACAGAUCAAGACCUGCCCCAACAAAAGAAAGCGCAGUCGACCCAGCCUCUUCGAUGUGAGGAUGCCCAAAUUCACUCCUCAAAUUCACUCCUCAAGUACUGAAGCUUCUGUUGAUCCAUUAAUGGAGUCUUCAUCGAAGAUAACAAGUUCUGCAGUACUUGACUGCAGAGCACUGAAACACAGAAUUAAUGGAAGAAAUUAUUGGCCAUUCUGAUCAUAAUGCAUUAUUUGAGCCUUCCCACUUCAGGUUUGACAAAGCUAGCUAGCCCUUCAUGUACUAGUACUCUUGAUCAAAGUGCAAAACAUGAUCAUGUUAAGAACUAAUACUUGCAACUAAUGUGAACUCUGAUCAUGUCUCUGGAAGAAAGUAAUUAAAUUCUGUUCUCAGGGGAAGUAGCUAGUACUGUAAAUGGCCGAGCCAUGCAUAGGGAUGACUAUAUGAAAACUAAGACAUGUUUAUAAAUGAUCUAUGAAAUGCAUGCUGCAAUAUGGUACACCUGUUUAUA